AUGGGAGUGGAGGUAUCAAAAGUUCCCUGGUGAAUCCGCUAACAAACUUGUUAUCCUUAAAAGCGCAUUCUUUGGAAUAUGGCUUAUUUAACAACUAAUCCAUCUGCUAAAGAAAGAUUUGUAUGUAUAUAUCCAGCAUACAUCAACAGCAAGAAGACAUUAGCAGAGGGCCGUAGGAUACCUGCUGAAAAGGCUGUGGAAAAUCCCUCAUGCACUGAAAUCAAGGAUACACUGACAGCUGCAGGACUGAAUGUUUAUGUGGAGAAUAAGAUGUACCCAAGGGAAUGGAACCGAGAUGCACAGUUUAGAGGACGAGUGCGUGUGCAGAUUAAACAAGAAGAUGGAAGUCUAUGCCACGACAGAUUCUCAUCGCGUAAAGAUGUCAUGUUUUAUGUGGCUGAAAUGAUUCCAAAGUUGAAGACCAGAACUCAGAAGGGUGGAGGAGGAGAGACAGGUUCGCAGCAAGGAGAAGGAGGCAAAAAAGGAAAGAAGAAGAAGAAAUAGGUGCUGGUCUCUAUUUUGUUUUCAGUCUUAAGCCCACAGAUUGAGUUUGUUGAGCAAUGAGUUGGUUCAGAUUGUUUACUUGUACAUCAUUGUAAACAAAUGGUUUAUGGAAUAUGAUGAUGAGAAACAGAGGGUAAACAAAGAAAUACGGAUGUGUUACGUGACGAGGCACCCUGACUUCAUUUUGCUCAUGCAUCUGACAAGUUUGUGAUAUACUUUAGUCUGCUGAUGUCAGUGUUUCAUCAUUGUUUCAGAUUAUUUUAUUUUAUACACUGUUUUUAAAAAGCCUGUAUAAAAUAUACACCUUCUGUUGUAUUCUUCCGAAUACAGUUGUGAACAUUUUGUUGAAACAUGGUAAAUGUCCAAUCUUUUUUUUUUUUUUUUUAAGCAAGAAUAAACAGUUGUUGGGAAAGUCUUA